UACUUGAGCAGGUCUGUGAAAGUGAGUAUUGUUGAAGAAAAAGCAAAAUAGAGCUAUAGAGAGGGCCUCUACAGCCCUCUGAUCAUUACAUAUGUCUCUCUUUGGAUCUUGAUUUCUAUUGUCAUUGGUGCCUUCACCUUUUGGAUGGAAAUGGAGCCUGGAAAGUUGUUUGUUGGUGGCAUAUCUUGGGACACCACUGAAGAGCGUCUCAGAGCUUAUUUCCAAACAUUUGGUGAAGUAGUUGAGGCAGUUAUCAUGAAAGAUCGGGCCACAGGGCGUGCCCGUGGUUUUGGUUUUGUUGUUUUUUCUGAUCCUUUUGUUGCGGAAAGAGUUGUAAAGGAAAAACACACCAUCGAUGGUAGAACCGUAGAGGCAAAGAAGGCUGUGCCUAGGGAAGAUCAGCACAUAAACCGGAAUAAUGGAAAUAUACAGUCUCCACAAAGCACCAUACGCACCAAAAAGAUAUUUGUAGGUGGUUUGCCAUCCUCAGUGACUGAAAGCGACUUCAAGAAGUACUUUGAUCAAUUUGGAACGAUAACUGAUGUUGUGGUGAUGUAUGACCAUAACACACAGCGGCCUAGAGGUUUUGGAUUCAUAACUUAUGACUCCGAGGAGGCUGUAGAUAAAGUUUUACAAACAACAUUUCAUGAACUCAAUGGAAAAAUGGUUGAAGUUAAGCGUGCUGUUCCCAAGGAGUUAUCACCAGGGCCAGCCAGAAGUCCUUUAGGUGGAUACAAUUAUGGUUUGAACAGAGUAAGCAAUUUUCUGAAUGCAUACACUCAAGGUUACAAUCUGAGCUCAUUUGGAAGCCCUGGAGUAAGAAUGGAAAGAUUCAGUCCAACUGCUGUUGGUCGUAGUGGUCAUUUAUCACUUAAUCCAGCUGGCUAUAAUAUUGGACCAACUCUAGACCCAUCACUGAGUUCAAACUAUGGUGGGGGUUUUAGCUCUAAUGCUGGGUUUGGACACAAUUUAAAUUCUUUUUAUAGUGGAAAUUCAAACAGGUAUAUUGGUCCAAUUGGAUAUGCUUCAGGGAGAGUUGGAAGUGGUUCUAUGCUGAAUUCAGCAGGUCGGGGAAUGUUAGACAAUGAGGAUACUCAUUAUAGUAGUGCAUUGGAUGCUUCCCUUGGAGGUUUUGGAACAAUUUGGGGUUCCUCUCCAAUCUCAGGUCAAGGAGGAAGGAAUGGUGCUAUGGCCAAUAAUGGUGCCAGCAGUUUUGCAAGUGCUGGAGGUUAUGGACAAAACAUUGUCAACAGUCCUGGUCCAACAUCAUCAUUUACUACUGCUAGAAAAGAUCUUCGUACUGGAGAUUCUGGAAACCUGUACGGGGCUGGAAGAAGCUCAAUGUAUGGGGAGCCAACUUGGCGUUCACUUUCUCCAGAACUAGAUCAUGCUUCGUCUUUCCGCUAUGGGCUUGGAAGUAUUGCUUCAGAUGUUAUACCUAACAACUCGCUUGGUUAUGUUGGCUUGUUAUAGUGUUAAAAAAGAUUCAAUAGAGGAGGCGCUGCCUAGGAAGACACGACUUGUAUGGAACUGUGGAUUACAACUGUUUAUUAUAGAUGGAAUUUAUAGUCCAAACCAAAAUGACGCUCACAAAAUCGAUGCUAGAUGUUCAUUUUCUUUAGAGAUGAUUUGAGAGCCUUUUAUACAUAGGAAAGGUCUCCGGACAGUGCGUCGGAUUCUGCAAGGUUUGGACUUCGAUUUAUCCCCCUUCGGUGUAGGCUUUUCUUUUACCUUUUUCCCUUCUCAGCUGGUUGAGAUGUAAAAUUGGAUAGUGAGGGAGAUACAUAAGUUACUAUACCAUCCAUAUCUGGUCACGCCACAAGAGUAAAAGGCGGGAUUAUUCUUUCCUGCUUUAGAUUCUUUUCUUCUUUUAGCUGUAAUCUGAAGAAGUUUGCUGGAUCUUGUUAAGUUGUGCUGGCUUAUUCUUAUUCCCGUUUGUGGGCAUCAUUACUUGCACAAUAUGUACGUCAUGUUUCCUUAUUGCCACGGUGAAACAAUUGUUCAGGAUGUUUAAUUUCGUCUUAAAUGAUCAGUAUAGACAGCAGAUGGUUUGUUUUUCCUUGAUGUUCACGGUGAC